CUAUCCACGUCUCUCGUCCCUCAAUAAUGAGCACUUCGUUCGCCGCGGGUGUACUGGCUUACAUGCUAGCCACCUUUAACGGCGGCUACUUGUGGCACCUGGUGUUAUUCAACGACAUGUACCUGUCUCUCAAGGUUUGGACAAGAUUCCCGGAGGACAUCGGACUUCAGUUGGGAGCAUCAGCGGUGCUUCUUCAGGCGCUGCUCGUGGCGUACAUGCUUCCCAUUUUCCAACGGGCGACGGGGAGGUCGGGGACGCUCAGCGGCGCGCUGUUCGGACUAUGGGUGGCGGGGCUAGUGUUCUCGGUCGCGGUGCUGGCGCACUCGGCCAAGAACCAGACCGCUUGCGUGGAGGGUUUCGUAGCGAUGGAAGGGCUGUACUGCCUCUUGCAGUUCCCCCUCUCGUGCUCGUUCGUGGCGUUUUCGCAGGGAAGGGCGGCGCGACAAGCCCCAUCCAAGAAGGCGACGUGACACGGAACGGAAGGAGUACAAUACCCCCCUGGCGCUUCGUCGUGUCGUUGCUGCAGCGGUGUUUCGUCAUGGGGAUAGGAUUGUUUACAUGUUGUUGAUAGCAGUGCUUCGUGUUAGUUAGUGUCUUUCCCCCCCAUGUAGCGAUAGACCUACUCCCAAGGUAAGGACGGCGCGACAAGUCUCCCGUUGUCGAAGAGCAAGUGAUUUGGCAUGGCAUGACCAUCGGCUGUGCUGUUCGCGGAAAGCUAGCUUUCAC